AUGGCAGAGGCAUCGGCGAUUCAUAUGCCCUUCCUGAAGACGUUAGCGCCGUUCGCACGCUCAAGGCUACCAGAGGCCAACGUCCAAGAGAUGACUCAGCUCGCCUGGGCCAUGGCCACCUUGGAGUUUCACGAUGAGGCGCUCUUGGAUGCUUUGCUCACAUCGAGUUUGAAGAGCUUGGACACCUUCAGCCCAGCGCAGCUGGCUGGUUUGGCCUGGUCCUGUGCCCGGUUGAUCAAGAAGAAUUCGCUCCUUUUGGAUGCCUUGCUCCAUGUGGACCUGGCACCCUUCGACGCCCAACAGUUGGCACUCUUCGCCUGGGCCCUGGCACGCCUGGGCCUUCGUGGCGCCGCUUCGGCCGGUGAAAGCGCCUUUGGGCGCAUCGCGACGAAGGUGGUGGAACUGCAUGCGGAGCUGCGGCCGCAAAGCGUUUCGAACUUGGCGUGGUGCUUCGCUGCGGCUGCCUACAGCACCCGCGCGGGAGGCGAGCCGGAGCACUUGCUGGCGCUGGCGGCGCAGGGCAUGAGCUCUUGCGAAGCUUCAACUUCGAGAUCUUCCUGUGCUCGAAGUUCUCCUGGGCUCUGUGGAGCCACGUCUCAAUGA